AUGAAGCUGAUUUUUGCUGCCCUCCUUGCCGCUGUCCAGGCUGUCCGUCUUAGCGAGCUGCAAAACCAACUAGGCAGCUGGCCUGCUACCGACUCUGGACCUUCAGAUGAUGAUUUGAUUAGAGUCUCGCUCGACGAGCUCUACUCCAUCGGCAACAACACCAAGCUGAGCGAUUGCGACAAGUGCAAGCAGCGACUGCUAUACGCCAAAUCGCUGGCCCUUGUCAAGCCCACGUUGAUUCCUUCAAUUUUCACCGAAUGGUGCAUCGGGACCAACGCAUUGAAGAAAGAUACGUGUUUGCGCAUUUUCGGCAGAACGACCGUUGAAAACUCGUAUGCAGGCUCCAAUUUUGGCGACAUGGUGUCCCUGAUGGACCCAACUUCCUACGACGGCGACUAUUACUGCCACUACUUUGAGUCGGCAUGCGAUUAUGUCUCGCCGCCAGAAAUCGACGCGUCGAAACUCUGGGGAGGCAGCAAGCCGGACGAGUACAAAGCUGCUCCCGAGGCCGGAAACGAGACAUUCUACGUUCUGCACGUGUCUGAUUUCCAUAUUGAGAACGACUAUGUCGUUGGCGGAGAAGGUAACUGUUCUGCCAGUAUGUGCUGCACUCCGCAUUCGUUCAACAAAUACCCGGUUCCUCAGGGUUACGACAUCUCGGACAACUCGUUACUAGAGGGUGGUCCUGGAGAAGGCUGGUCGUUCUACAACUCAUCGUAUGUGGACAACGUUUUCGAGAAGGGCCUGUACGUUGGCUACAACGAGUCUAUUUGGUGGCCAGCAUCCAGUUUUGGCCACUAUAACUGUGAUGCUCCGGAGCUGCUGAUCAAUAACACGUUGAAAGCGGUGACGAGCCUCAACCAGCAGCUGAACUUGAGCUACGAGUUUGCUAUUUUCACGGGCGACUUGGUCGACCACGACGAGACGCGAUAUAUCAGCUACGAAUCGACUCUACUGGCAGAAGAGUCCACGUUUAGAGACGUCAAAUACCAACUCCACGACAUUCCGAUGUUUCCUGUGCUUGGAAACCACGAUACGUUCCCUUACGGACAGAUGGCACAGAACAAAUACGGCUUCUCCAACAAAUUCGACUGGAACAAUGAGCUGAUGGCCGAGCUGUGGAGAGACUAUGGCUGGAUCGAUUUUGACGUGGAGCAGCAGGUCAGCGAGCACUACACCGGCUUCAGUGUCAAAACCCGGCGCGGCCUCAAGGUCAUCGCUCUCAACUCCAACUCGUGGUACAUUUCCAACCUUUAUGCUUUCAUCAACAUGACCCAGGACUACGACUCUUUUGGCCAGUUCCAAUUUCUGGUCGACGAGCUACUCGACUCCGAGUCAAAGGGCGAGCGAGUCUGGCUGAUAAUGCACGUGCCGGCCGGCGCAGACAUGCUUCCUGUUGCUUCCCAGGUGUUUGCACAGGUGGUUGAGAGAUUCUCGCCGCACACGAUUGCGGGAAUUUUCAACGGACAUACACACAGAGACGAGUUUAAGGUUCUGUACUCGGGUUUCAACGGGUCCAACAUGGACGCCCAGACGGCAGACAACGCGAUUGCACACACGUGGAUCGCUCCGUCGGUGACCUCAUGGAUUGGCCUGAAUCCAUCCUUUCGGUUCCUUGAGGUGGACUCCAAAACAUUUUCCGUGAUGAACGCCUACACCUACUACUUCAAUCUGAGCGAGACCUUCACCAACAACGGCACGGAACCUGACUGGCAGCUGGAGUACGACGCCAGAUCGGCUUACGGUGUGGACUGGCCGGAGUCGGCUCCUUUAAAUGCCACGUACUGGCACGAGGUGUCGCAGAAAAUUGGCAGCAGCAACUCGUCGCUUCAGCAGUACGAGGAUUUUGCAACCAGGUACUCACCGUACACCUACGACUGUUCUGAAUCGGACAAUUGUGACACUUUCUAUUGUUAUGUCUCGACGUUCACGAUUGACCAGUACGUCAGGUGCUGCGAGCACUUUGGUCUAGAUCCGGAUGUUUGA